AUGAACAACGAGCAAUUUCGGCGGCUCUUAAACACCUCGUCGAGCUCCGAGACUUCGUCAGCCCCAGCCCGCAAUGCAUCAUCUGGGGCGAGUGGGGGUGGGCUCCUCGGCUCGCGAAUGCGCAAUAGCAUUCCCAUGACUCCGCGCUCUGUGUCAGGAGUCGAUUUCGCUCGCCAACUCGCCGACCAACGCCGCGAGGGCGAUCGACCGAGCAAGCGAUUCAAGUCCUCCGCCGCGCCGAAGGGAACCAAACUACCAACGGGAUACCAAGACCGAGCACAAUUGCGCAAUGCGAACGACGAGGCAGAAAACAAGGAUGAUCUCGAGCAGCGCAUCAAGGCGCUGGAAGAGAUGGUGAAAUUAGGACAGAUAGAUCAGGCGACGUUUGACAAGUUGCAAGCUGAGCUUGGCGUUGGUGGUGAUGUCGGCAGUACACAUAUGGUCAAAGGCCUUGACUGGGGGCUUCUACGGCGAGUCAGAGCCGGAGAAGACGUAACGCAGGCUCCCGAGAAGCCGGAAUCAGAGCCCGCGGAAGAGCCUGUACUGGAAGAAGAUGCGGAAGCGGAAUUUGAGCGCUUGAUGGAGGCAAAGGGGCAGGAAGAAGUUGUCCCUGCGCCGAAAGAGCCAAAGGAGAAGAAGAAAGGAACUAUGGCACCGCCUCCGCCGCGUAAGAAGACGAGAGAUGAGAUUCUCAAGGAAUUGAGGGCUAGCCGGGCUGCGGCUGCGGCUCCUCCGCCGCCAGCGCCGGUUCUGGGCUCAAAGUUCAAGAAGCUUGGGAAUGGUAAACCGGAAAAGAAGCGCUUUGUGGAGAUUGAUGAACCUACUGGUCGUCGACGAGAGGUUUUGGUCAUUACUGAUGCUGAGGGUAAUACGAAACGCAAGGUUCGAUGGAUUGAUAAACCCUCCGAUUCGGCGAGGUCUACUAGUGCGCUUCCUAUGCCUGACAAGGCUGCAGAGCCCCUAGGAAUGGAGAUUCCUGCUGAGGUUGCUGCUCGAGAAGCCGCCAAGGCUGCGUCUGAGGAGGAUGAUGAUAUCUUCGCCGGUGUUGGCGCAGACUAUGACCCGCUUGCUGGCAUUGAAGACGACGCGUCUUCGUCCGAUGAAGAAGAAAGUCCGGAGAAGUCUGCGACAAAGGAGAAAGUGCCUACACAUGAUGAUCAGAAACCACCGGAGGAAGCAGCUCCCACGCCGCGCAAUUACUUCGGAACCAGCACCGCAUCCGAUACUUCGGUGGAUCGUACCAACCCGCUCACGAAAGAUCCCACUAUCAUGGCUGCGUUGAAGCGAGCAGCGGCUUUACGACAGGGUUCUCCUUCUACCGAGGAAGGCGAGACUCCAGAAGCUACUCUUCGUCACAAAAAGUUCCUUGAAGAAGCUCGGCGACGCGACGCCAUGGACGCUGCGGAUCUGGAUAUGGGCUUCGGAGGCAGCCGAGGAGAAGAUGCUGAGGAUGAGGAUACUGUUCUGCAUGACUUUAAUGAGGACGAAAAAGGGGGAAGAAACGGAAGCGUGGUCCGAAGAAGAGGAAAGGUGACAAGGACAGUGUCAAUGAUGUGA